AUGGAACCAGGGAAUGAUACAGAUAUUUCAGAAUUCUUUCUUCUGGGACUUUCAGAGGAACCAGAAUUGCAGCCCCUCAUAUUUGGGAUUUUCCUCUCCAUAUACCUGGUCACCUUGUUUGGAAACCUGCUCAUCAUCCUGGCCACCAUCUCAGACUCCCACCUGCACACGCCCAUGUACUUCUUCCUCUCCAACCUGUCCUUUGUGGACAUCAGUCUCACCUCUGCCACUGUCCCAAAGAUGCUGGUGAACAUCCAGACUCAGAGCAAGGUCAUCACUUAUGUGGGCUGCAUCACCCAGAUGUUCUCUUUCCUACUUUUUGCAGGGUUGGACAUCUUUCUGCUGACCGUGAUGGCCUAUGACCGGUAUGUGGCCAUCUGUCACCCCCUGAACUACACUGUCAUUAUGAACCCCCAGCUGUGUGUGUUGUUAGUCCUUAUAGCCUGGAUCACAAGUGUCCUGAAUUCCUUGUUACAUAGCUUAAUGAUGUCACAACUAUCCUUCUGUACAGAUCAGGAAAUCCCCCACUUUUUCUGUGAAUUCAAUCAGGUAGUUCACCGUGCCUGUUCUGAUAUAUUUUUUAAUGACAUGGCGAUGUAUUUUACAUCAGGGCUGCUGGGUGGUGGAACCUUUUCUGGUAUCGUUUUCUCUUAUUCUAAAAUAGUUUCCUCUAUAUAUAGAAUCUCAUCCACUCAGGGGAAGUAUAAAGCCUUUUCCACCUGUGUCUCUCACCUGUCAGUCGUGUUCUUAUUUUAUUGUACAAGCAUGGGUGUGUACUUUAGUUCUGCUGCUACCCACAGCUCACACUCGAGUGCAACAGCCUCAGUGAUGUACACUGUGGUCACCCCCAUGCUGAACCCCUUCAUCUACAGUCUCAGGAAUAAAGACAUAAAGAGGGCCCUAAAACGAUUAAUCAUAGGAAAGCAAUAA